AUGGGUGGAAAUGAGCUCCCAGGAAGCCCAGAUGACUCCGAUAAUAGUGUGUCAGAGAGCCUGGACGAAUUUGACUACUCUGUGUCUGAGAUUAGCCGCUCCUUCCGGUCACGGCAAGAAAUAUGUGAGCAACUCAACAUCAAUCACAUGAUCCAAAGGAUCUUCCUCAUUACUCUGGACAACAGUGAUCCAAACUUGAAAAGCGGGAAUGGCAUCCCCAGCCGGUGUGUGUACUUGGAAGAAAUGGCAGUAGAGCUGGAAGAUCAAGACUGGCUUGAUAUGAGCAAUGUUGAGCAGGCCAUCUUUGCCCGGUUAUUGCUUCAAGAUCCAGGAAACCACUUGAUCAGCAUGACUUCUUCUACAACGUUAAAUCUCUCUGCUGAUCGAGAUGCAGGGGAGAGGCACAUCUUUUGUUACCUUUACUCCUGCUUCCAAAGAGCCAAGGAAGAGAUUACCAAAGUUCCAGAGAACCUGCUCCCCUUUGCAGUACAGUGCAGGAACCUCACUGUGUCCAACACUCGAACAGUUCUCCUCACCCCAGAGAUCUAUGUUGACCAAAACAUCCAUGAGCAACUGGUAGAUUUGAUGUUAGAAGCCAUUCAGGGAGCCCAUUUUGAAGAUGUAACUGAGUUUUUAGAAGAGGUCAUCGAAGCCUUGCUGUUGGAUGAGGAAGUUCGAACAUUUCCUGAAGUCAUGAUUCCAGUGUUUGAUAUUUUACUAGGCCGAAUAAAAGAUCUGGAGCUCUGCCAGACCCUACUGUAUGCAUAUCUGGAUAUUCUUCUCUAUUUCACUAGGCAAAAGGAUAUGGCCAAGGUUUUUUUAGAAUACAUUCAGCCCAAGGAUCCUAGCAAUGGGCAGAUGUAUCAGAAGACCUUGCUGGGAGUAAUUCUGAAUAUCUCGUGCUUGUUAAAGACUCCGGGUGUAGUAGAAAAUCAUGGCUACUUUCUGAAUCCAUCUCGUUCCAGUCCUCAGGAGAUCAAAGUACAAGAGGCCAACAUUCAUCAGUUCAUGGCUCAGUUCCAUGAAAAGAUCUACCAGAUGCUGAAGAACUUGCUCCAGCUCUCUCCAGAAACCAAGCACUGUAUCUUGUUCUGGCUUGGAAACUGUUUGCAUGCAAAUGCAGGCCGCACCAAGAUCUGGGCCAAUCAGAUGCCCGAAAUCUUCUUCCAAAUGUAUGCCUCAGAUGCCUUCUUUCUGAAUCUGGGUGCUGCUCUCCUGAAGCUGUGCCAGCCAUUCUGCAAACCCAGAUCCUCUCGGCUCCUCACUUUUAAUCCCUCAUACUGUGUCCUGAAAGAGUUGAAUGAUGAAGAACGAAAAAUUAAAAAUGUCCACAUGAGAGGUUUGGACAAAGAGACCUGUCUGAUCCCCGCUGUGCAGGAGCCAGUGUUCCCCCAGAGCUACAACCUUGUGACGGAGAACCUGGCCCUGACAGAGUACACCCUCUUCUUGGGCUUUCACAGGUUGCAUGAUCAGAUGGUAAAAAUCAACCAAAAUCUGCAUCGGCUGCAGGUUGCCUGGCGGGAUGCUCAGCAGAGUUCUAGCCCUGCUGCUGACAGUCUCCGUGAGCAGUUUGAACGCCUGAUGACCAUCUAUCUUUCUACCAAGACUGCUAUGACUGAGCCCCAGAUGCUGCAAAACUGCCUGAAUUUGCAGGUGUCCAUGGCUGUUCUGCUGGUUCAACUGGCCAUAGGCAAUGAGGGCUCACAGCCAAUAGAGCUAAGUUUUCCUUUGCCAGAUGGCUACAGCUCUUUGGCUUAUGUGCCAGAAUUUUUUGCAGAUAACCUGGGUGAUUUCCUCAUUUUUCUCCGGCGCUUUGCUGAGGACAUCUUGGAGACAUCAGCAGAUUCCCUGGAGCAUGUCCUUCACUUUAUCACCAUUUUCACGGGAAGCAUAGAAAGAAUGAAGAAUCCCCACCUAAGGGCCAAACUAGCGGAGGUGCUGGAAGCAGUAAUGCCUCACCUGGAUCAGACCCCAAAUCCCUUGGUGUCCAGUGUGUUUCACCGGAAACGUGUGUUCUGCAACUUUACAUAUGCUCCCCAACUUUCAGAAGCCCUAAUCAAGGUUUUCGUGGACAUUGAAUUUACAGGGGACCCCCAUCAAUUUGAACAGAAGUUUAAUUACCGCCGCCCUAUGUAUCCCAUCCUAAGAUACAUGUGGGGGACAGAUAGCUACCGGGAGAGCAUUAAGGAUUUGGCUGACUAUGCCUCUAAGAAUUUAGAAGCUAUGAAUCCCCCACUGUUCCUCCGAUUUCUUAACCUGUUGAUGAAUGAUGCUAUCUUCCUUUUGGAUGAAGCCAUACAGUAUUUGAGCAAGAUAAAGAUUCAGCAGAUCGAGAAAGACCGAGGAGAAUGGGAAAGUCUUUCGCCAGAAGCUCGCCGAGAGAAAGAGGCUGGCCUGCAGAUGUUUGGACAGCUGGCACGUUUCCAUAACAUCAUGUCCAACGAAACAAUCGGUACCCUUUCCUUCCUGACAUCAGAGAUCAAGUCACUGUUCGUGCACCCCUUCCUGGCGGAGCGCAUCAUCUCCAUGCUGAACUACUUCCUACAGCACCUGGUUGGCCCCAAGAUGGGCGCUCUCAAAGUCAAGGACUUCAGUGAAUUUGACUUCAAACCUCAGCAGCUUGUAUCCGACAUCUGCACGAUCUACUUAAAUCUUGGGGAUGAGGAGAAUUUCUGUGCCACUGUGCCCAAGGAUGGCCGUUCCUAUUCCCCUACUCUCUUUGCACAGACAGUCCGAGUCCUGAAGAAAAUCAAUAAGCCUGGGAAUAUGAUCGUGGCUUUCAGUAACUUGGCAGAGAGAAUCAAGUCUCUUGCAGACCUCCAGCAACAGGAAGAGGAGACAUAUGCAGAUGCCUGUGACGAGUUCCUGGAUCCCAUCAUGAGUACACUGAUGUCUGACCCUGUGGUGCUUCCAUCUUCCAGAGUCACUGUGGACAGGUCCACCAUUGCCAGGCAUUUACUCAGAUGGAAUGACCUUGAAAUUGUGAUCCUCCUGCACAUCAAUCAAGUGCCACCAUUGCUUGACUUGGCCCCUUACACUAGUUAA